AUGGCCUUGUCAUUGUCUUUUAUGCUGGUCCUGGCGCUGCUCAGCUGCAAGGCAGCCUUCUCUCUCAACUGUAGUUUGCCUCAGUCUCACAGCGACGAGAACAAGAAGACCUUGAAAAAUCUGCGAGAAAUGAAGAAGGUGUUGGACUCCUCCUGCAUACAAGACGUUCAUGAUUUUGGGUUACCCCAGGAGGUGUUUGAAGAACCCCAGGUUCUGAAUGAGCAAACCAUCGCUCUAGUCUCUCAGAUGAUCGAGGAGGUCUUUACGCUGUUCUGCAAAGGACGCUCAUCUCCUCCCUGGGACAAGGCCAUCUUGCGUGAUCUGCUGUGCUCUAGACUCUUCCGGCAGCUAAAUGACCUGGCACCCUGUGUGAUGCAGGAAGUGGAGAUGAAAGAGACAACUCCAACAGAGACUCCUUCUGAACGUGCUGUGCAGAAAUACUUUGCAAAUAUCCGUCGCUAUCUGACCAAGAAGAAAUACAGUCUCUGUGCCUGGGAGAUUGUCAGAAUGGAAGUUUUGAGAGCCAUGUCUUUUUCAGUAUGCAUGCAAAACAGGUUAAAAAAAAAGGAAUAA